CGCGGGUGACGUCAGUGCCGUGUGCGGGAGACGGAGCGGCGUGCGCCUGGCGAGACAAAGGCGGCGGACCGACCGGGGUCAGGCAGGCAAGAGCAGCAGCAGAAAGCCGAGAAUCACUGUUUUUUUUUUUUUUUUAAACUAAAAGAUAACCGCUAACCUUGGACUUCAGUUGAGCUCUCCCUGACGCUGGGAGAAAUGAAGAGGCAGUGACACUCCUGUGGAAAUCUCCUGGAUGAGGAAAAACAACAGUGCCCUCUUUUCGGUUUUAAACGUUUUUUUCUUCUUCUCCUCAAACGCCCCCCUUUCGGUUUGCUAGUUAGCCGAACCGCUAGCUCCUAGCGCUGCACAGCACAGGUCUCCUCCUUCAGUCUGCUCCACGUCUUUCCCUAAAGAACUGGGCUACGAGUGAAGAGAGGACUUCAUCGACAAAACGUAGAUAAGUAGAGGGUGAGCGGACUCCCAACAAAACAGGCAUCCGUGAUCUGAUGUGAGAUCCACGGAGAGACUAUGCCUAGCCCUUUAUUUCACCCCGAGAUUAUGGACCACGACGUGGUGAUCAGCAGCCAACACAACGGGGUCGGUCUGUCCAGGGAGACGGAUCAGGAGUCCCGGGAGGAGGACCACCAAGAGGCGCUCCGCUUCGCCCUGGACCAGCUGUCACUGAUGGCCAUGGAGAAGGUGGACUGUGGGGGCGGCGGAAGCAGCGGGCUUGUGGACAGCCUGGAUGGGACCCAGGGUCCGGGACCCGAGAAUUGCAACGGUGUGAGUGGAGGGGGGUUCGUGGAUCUACAAAUGCUGGACCAUCCCAGCGGGUCUCGGGACUCUCCGACGUCCUGCUCUCCAUCCCCGGAGUACUAUGGCUCAGGGGGGUACCACAUGGCCGGCUCCCAUGCCAUGCUCCACGGGGAACCAAACUCCGUCCUCUGCAGCAGGAAAAGAAGUGUCAACAUGACCGAGUGUGUUCCCGUCCCCAGCUCCGAGCAUGUGGCUGAGAUAGUGGGCAGACAAGGUUGUAAGAUCAAGGCCCUGCGUGCCAAAACAAACACCUACAUAAAGACUCCGGUGCGAGGCGAGGACCCUGUGUUCAUCGUGACGGGACGCAGGGAGGAUGUGGAGAUGGCCAAGCGUGAAAUUGUGUCUGCAGCAGAGCACUUCUCUAUGAUCAGGGCGUCCCGCUGCAAAGCUGGAGGGGGUGGAGGAGGCGGCUCCCUUCCUGGACCACCAAACCUACCUGGACAGACCACUAUACAGGUUAGAGUGCCGUACAGAGUAGUCGGUUUAGUUGUUGGACCAAAAGGGGCAACAAUCAAGCGCAUCCAGCAGCAGACUCACACCUACAUCGUGACACCGAGUCGAGAAAAAGACCCCGUGUUCGAGGUGACUGGGAUGCCAGAGAACGUGGACAGAGCGAGAGAGGAGAUCGAGACUCACAUCACCCUGAGAACUGGAACCUUUGUAGACCUCCAGGGAGACAAUGACUUCCACACUAAUGGCACUGAUGUCAGUCUUGAAGGCCUUGGUUCCCUGAGUGGGGGACUGGGAGCGACUUUGUGGUCCAGGGCAACUAGCCACCAUUCUGCCCCCCCUCCUCCUCCAACAUCCCCACCUUCUGCUCUUUCCAUGUCCGUACACCACUCGUCCGGCAGGAAGAUGUCCUCAUCGGUUCCCUAUCACACGCACAAUGGCGGGAUGAGCGCAGACAGCUUCAGCACCGCCCGGAAGGCCACUGAGGGAGGCAGUCCCACUAGCCCUUUUAGCACAGGCUCCAGCAGCGCUGGGGGAUUCACUUUUGGGGGCGAUUCCACCCCAGGACUGCCUUCGUCAGACGAGCUGGGCUUCGAGUUCAGUGCUUCCAACAUCUGGGCGCCUUUCGUCAACAGCGGAUCGGGCAAUAAGACGGGCAGCUCCUCUCAGCAGCAGCCUCUGCGUCGCAAUAGCAGCGGCGUCAGCGCCGGCGCCAUCACUCCACGAUUGUCCCCGACUCUGCCUCAGGACACAGGCGUGGUCCCCCCUCUGGAUCACCCACUUGCCCGGCGUGCUCAAAGCGACCCCCUCAGCACUCUCUCCUGGCUGCAGUCUGGCAACGCAGGCGGCGGCUCCUUCUCCGGAGCAUCGAGCUCCAGCUCCGGCGGCUCAUCGACCGGUUACUCCUCCUGCUCGGCCUCCUCCCUCCCCGGUGGGUCGCCUACCGACUCAGAGGGAGGCGGCAGCGGCGUGGGUCUCACCUCUGGGAUUUUGAGCCGACUGAAAGGCAGCUCUGGCUCUGGGGUUGCGGCUCUGGUGGGGGUCAGCCCCGGGGUCAACAGGGACUGCUUCGUGUGUUUCGAGAGCGAGGUGACGGCAGCCCUGGUGCCCUGCGGCCACAACUUGUUCUGCAUGGAGUGCGCUGGGCAGAUCUGCCAAUCAACAGAGCCAGAAUGCCCCGUCUGUCACACUCCUACCACACAGUGCAUCCGCAUCUUCUCGUAAUGUCCCGGGCAAAGGGAGGGGUGGUGGGGUGGGGUAAAAUGUGGGAUGGGAGGGGAACGGUCCCAAGUGGGGCACCAGCUGCGGCAGAGACAAUGGAAGGAGUCACAAUAAUAACCUUCACACACAUGAUGGACCAUAAUAAAUGCAUUAAUAGAGAUGACGAUACUAUAAGGAUGCUGAUUUAUUGCUGGUAACUGUCGAUAAAUGAUGAUGAUAAUAAUUAAUAGUGACUUAUUUUCAGAGUGAAGUUAAUUGAAACUGGUCUGUAGACAGUUGGAGCUCAGCCAGUCUCUUGGUGUUGAACUUAACGGAAGGAAACUAGUGUCUUAUCUCUCUUCAGGCCUUCUUUUUGACCCAGAGCGGCCCUUGCGGCUGCCUGCUGGUCUGUCUCAACAUUUCUUCAUUCUGGCUUCUUCAGAUCUCUGCCUGCUCUCUCUCUCUCGCUCUCUCUCUGUCUCACAGCCUUUCUUUUUGACACUUUUAUACUUAACAGAUAUUUUUCAAUGAAGCUGUCGACGAGGCCUGCACUUUUCUACUCCCUAAUUUUACUGUUCUCAACAGGGCACCGCCCGUUUCCAACAAAUCCCUUUGUCCUUUGCUCUCACUCAUGCUGUUGUUUGUGGCACGAAGUGGCAAGGUUCCUCUUUUUUUCUGUAAGUUUGGGACUUUUCUCUCUGUUUUUAUUUUAAAGAUCGCCGUGUUGUCAGGCACCUAGAAGAACAAUAAACCCAAGGGACCUCUUAAGGAUCAAUUCCAGUUUCUCUUUGCCACAAAAGAAUAGCCAUCAGUAAGUAAGCCAAAUGAAUGUUAUUAAUAGACAUCUCUUGAGUGAAUUCAUGUUGGAUGAGUCUGCCCCACAUUUCAAAUGUGGCUGUCGCAUUGAUUCACAUUAAUUUUCCUUUAAUAGAUGAGAAACGUACCAUACGUGAAGUAAUGUGUUUGAGGUCAGGUCUCUGUGUUUGGGCAGCCUGACAAUCCCUUUACACCCCUCUGUCUCUGCGAUAUGCGAGUAUGAGUGUGUGUGCGAGAGAACAACGCCCACUCAUGCUGUUCGUCGCACCGCCGAGAGUAGGUCUGCUCCCUGUCCCGUUCUUCUUUGCUGCACACUCGGUCUUGAAGGAAAGCGACGCUCUGAUCCAUCCACACUACUGUAGUUGUCCUCCCACGUCUGUUACGCCCAGAGCCGCCUGUUUCUGGUGUUUUCUACUAGUUUUUGACUCUUGACUGUCAAGUGUGUGGCUGACAGACAAUAUUUUGAACACUAGGAUAAGAUGGGGCUUUUCUGAUGUCACACAAGAAUGUGUUGUCCAGUUAAGGUUAAGGAGAGAGGCCUCCUGCUGCUCCUCCUACACUAAACAAUUACAAGGGGCCUCCAUUGAACCUUUUCUUCAUGCACUGUAAGGCCCGGCCCCUCUAAACUAAAAGCGAAAAAGAAACAGCUCUUACUGUUUUUGUUAGGUCUUCCACCUGUCUCUCACAGCGAAGCUGUACGGCACUCUCUGACGUCACUGUUGUCCCCAUACAGCGCUGUACUCCUGGCAAAAUGUAGUGCACUAUGUGGCUGGUUGAUUGGGGUCUGUCAUGUGUUUCAUAGCAUUACUGAGUAACUCCAGUGAGGCAGGUACAUCCUGUUUUUAAGUUGGGUUUUUUUUCUGUUAGUGUUUUGAUUUCAUUGAGUUUGCAGUAACUGCCUCCUGUAGUCUUUAUACUAUGUGUAUGAUUUUUUUUUUUUUUUCCAACGUCUGUGUGACGUUACACGGUUGCAGGUUUUUUGUUUUGUUUUUCCCUCUCUCUUCUCCCUGACACACGUGGAUUCAGCUCAUAGAACGAGACAAAGCCAUGACAGCUGAAUUUUAAAGAAAAGAAAAGAAGAA